UACUCUUCAUCUGUACUACAACUGCGCCCCCAAAGUGGCACCUCAGUGGGGAGGGAUGCAGUGUUUGACCGGGGUCCCCAAGCCUCAUCUCUGAAUGUGCCAGGGAUGUAUCAAUACUGGUCAGACAGACAAUCACAGCAGUUUUCCAGUCAUGCCUGGGGAUCAUCUUCUGUCCGCAACUCGUGCCACCCACCACCAUUCACAGAAGAAAGGCCCAGUGAACUUGAGACCCGCCUUGAAAUUUUGCAUUCACAGCUCAACAGGCUGGAGACUCGCAUGACAACUGACAUCAGUGUUAUUCUGCAGCUUCUCCAGAGGCAGAUGGCCCCUGUACCUCCAGCUUACAGCACUGUAUCAUCUAGUACUCUCCAUGCUGAUUCCCCUGGUCUGUAUGGGGCUGGAACUCCAGUGCUGCAUAGCAUGUAUCCCAUUUCCCCCAUACAAAUGGACAGCCUAGCACCGACACAGACCUCGGCUGAGACAGACCUUAAGCAGACCAGCAAAUCCCAGGAUUCACUGUCCAGUGGGAUCCACGUGACUGCGGCAUCUGAUGACACCAUGUUCAUGGCUAUCACCCCUGAAACUGACACACAUACUGGGUUAACUCCUCAACUACCCCAGCCAUCAGUCAAAUCCUCCCUCAUGGACAGUUCCAGGCUGUGUGGUAACCUCCGCUACCCUUCACUACCAGAGAGCCUGGACAUACAAUCACGGUUGGCAGAGAUCCAGAAACACCUCUCGGAUCCUGUCCUCCCCAUCGUCUGACAGUCAGUGUCGCCUACUUCUUAAAGACAUUUAGA